AUGUUCCUGGUGCUGGAAAGGAAACUGUCGCUCUGGGAGAACAAUGCUUUGGAAAAAUCUGUAAAACCCAGUCGAACACACCUAAGAAAGCCCGAGCUGGUGCGGCCACCCCGGGUCUGGGCAUUGGGGGGCACGAAGGCUCCCGGGACGCCGACGCACACUCACCGGGCUUCAGGGGGAUGCGGGGCUGGCCGAGCGUCACAAAGACAAGCCCAGCGCGAUCUGGCAAAACCCAACUUUCCACCCGGCUCGCCAGGGCCGCCAGAUACGUCAACAGAAUCCAUCUUUCGAAGGGCCUGGAAGGCUCCGGGUUUUCCGGGCCGGGGCAGAGCGGCAAAGCCGGCGGCGGCCCGGUGCGGUGCCCGGGCGCGGAGUCCGCCGCGCGCCGCCCUCUGUGCCGGGUGCCAGCGCUGGUGGCGGCCCGAAACCCACUUCGGGGCCCCCGCCCCGCCGGCCGGCGCCGCCUCUCCGGACCCGCCAGCCAGUGCGCGGCGCCGGGAGCAGGAGCGGGGCCCGGGGACGCCGCACGGGUGGCGGCCUCGGGCCGCGUCCCCGCCCCCGCCCGGCCCUCCCAGCUGGCCCCGGCCUCUGGGCGCCGUCCUGCCCACGGGAGCAGGCCCCUCCCCGGGCGCCGGGCCCCGCCAGGCGCGCCCAGCCCGGCGCGCCCCCUGCGUCCCGGUGGCAGGUCUGCACGGGGAGGGCGGGGGAAGGGGACCCCGGCCAGCACCGGGGCACCGCGGUGGCUACCUUGCAAUUGCGGCCGCCGCCUCCAGGAAGCCAAGGGGUGGUCGCGGGUGCGGGAACUCUCCGGUCUGGCGUCGCCGCCCGCCGCCUGAAGGGGGUGCGCAGCGGUGGGAGCCGCCGUCGCCGCUGUCACCGAGCCGCUGUCGCCGCCGCCGCCGCCGCCGCCGGUUGUGCAAGCAGAAUCCUGAGACAAGGAUGCAAGAGCGGAAAGUUGAUUUGGAAGUGAAGGGAGGCGGCCCUCAGGAAGUGACAGCUGGUCAGGAUUCUCUCCCCUCAUGUUCGUGCUUGGGGCUCUUAGUCUGAAGGAGCUUCAGUACCCCUUACCUACUGCAAGUCUUACAACCUCCUUUUCCAUGGGGAGGAACAGGUGGAUGGACUGGGCUGGGAGCCGUGUGUCACCGGAGGCUACCAGCGUUUGUCCAAAUGAGUGGAGAGCCCAGGACCUGCGAAGCGAGA